CACGGACCUUUUCCUGGGACCUUUUUUGCACUUUUCUUCGGUUGCCAUCUUCGUAAAUAACCUCAACGACAGGGGUAUCACUCAAAACUAUAGUACGGGUCCCCCGCUUUCUCUUCGUCUUCCCCGCGCUGACCGAGCUUCGCGAUCUAAAAGUCAAAAACCAAUUUAGCCGAUAAUUCGGCUAGUCAUUCCAUAAUAAGCCCAAUUCUUGCACUAAAUUGGGGCAAUCUGCUCUUUGUUUUCGGCUGGUCUCGGGGGAUGUGUGGUGGUGAUUAACCCCGGAACCCCCCCCCAAUUCCCAGAUUUAAUUUCACUUGCAAUCUGUGAUUCUUCUGGUGAGGUGCAAGUGCAACGACAGGGUGUUCAAGUUUGUUCUUGGGCGUUCUUGGUCCUUUGGGGUUCCAAAGGCGACUUCUUUCGAGAGGAGGGAAAGAAGGGAAAUGAGGGAUGUUCUCGUGGUUGUUGAGGAUUGCGUCCGCGUGCUUGGGCCCGGCCCGGAGGUACGCGCGUACGAGGAAGGAUGAAGAUGGCGGCGAUAAUGGCGGCGGCGUCGCCGACGGCCUGCUGUGGUCGCGGGACCUGGGGCGUCACGCGGCGGGUGAGUUCUCCUUUGCCGUCGUGCAGGCCAACGAGGCGUUGGAAGACCAUAGCCAGGUCGAGACGGGCUCCGCCGCCACCUUCGUCGGCGUCUACGACGGCCACGGCGGUGCCGAUGCUGCUCGCUUCAUAUCUGAUCACCUCUUCGCACACCUGAUACGACUUGCCCGAGAAAGUGAAACAGUAUCGGAGGAAGUUGUUCGAGGGGCAUUUUCUGCUACCGAAGAAGGUUUCUUGACACUUGUUCGGAGAACGCAGUUUUUAAAGCCUAUGAUAGCUGCAGUUGGAUCUUGUUGUCUUGUUGGUAUCAUAUGGAGAGGGGUACUAUAUGUGGCUAAUUUAGGUGAUUCUAGGGCAGUUGUUGGCUAUUUGGGUAGAACAAACAAGAUUACUGCUGAGCAAAUUACAAGGGAUCAUAAUGCUUGUAAGGAGGAAGUGAGGCAGGAACUUAUUUCUCGUCAUCCCGAUGAUUCACAAAUUGUUGUUCUGAAGCAUGGCGUUUGGCGCAUAAAAGGCAUAAUCCAGGUUUCAAGGACUAUAGGUGAUGCAUAUUUAAAGAGGCGUGAAUUUGCUCUUGAUCCAUCCAUAACUCGCUUCCGCCUUUCUGAGCCUCUUCGCCGACCUGUUCUAACAGCAGAGCCAUCUAUCUGCACAAGAGUUCUUUCUCUGCAAGAUCAAUUUGUUAUUUUUGCAUCCGAUGGUCUUUGGGAGCACUUAACAAACCAACAAGCUGUUGACAUCGUCUACAAAAAUCCACGAGCAGGAAUUGCAAAGAGGCUAGUAAACACAGCUUUGAAAGAAGCUGCACGGAAGCGAGAAAUGAGGUUUGUUGAUCUUAAGAAAGUCGAAAAAGGGGUGCGGCGCUUCUUCCAUGACGACAUUACAGUCGUCGUUGUUUACAUCGACCAUGAGUUACUUCAGGAGAAAAAUGUUUCUGUUCCUGAACUUUCAGUCCGUGGGUUUGUCGACUCAGUAGGUCCCUCGAGAAUUUCAGGAUUCGAUGCUAUUUCAUGAUAUGGUGACCUAGCAGCUCAGGUUUUGUGCCCUGCAUUGCAGUAGCAUCAGAGUUUUACGCUAGAGCAAGCAUUGCUUUCAACUUGGUUUUUGUUUUGUACAUUUACCUAUUUCAGGUACUAAAAAGUUGGUUUCAUGCUUGCAAUAUGCUCGGAAUAAUCA